AUGGAUUGGUCUUUAUUGCAGAGUGGAUCCAAGCAUAGGUUCUUGAGAGAUAAUUUGUUUUUCAAGAGACCUAUUUACUACUAUUGUGCCAUGGUAAUUGAUGUUAUUUUAAGAUUCCAAUGGAUCUUUUAUGCGUUUUUCACAAGUCAAAUACAACAACUGGCGGUUACUAGUUUCUGUGUUGCAUUGGCCGAAAUUUUGAGAAGAUUCAUUUGGAUAUUUUUCAGGAUGGAGAAUGAGCAUUGUACCAAUGUUACCUUAUUUAGAGCUUCGAGAGACUCUCCGCUUCCAUAUGCAAUUUCAACAAAGGUAGAAAGGUCAAUUAGAAGACUUGUCAAAUUAAAAUAUAGUAAUCUAGAUUCUGCUGAACCUAUGCAAGAGAACUUAAGCACGAACAGAGCACACCAAGAUGAAGAUGAAGCAGAUAUUGGACUCAGUCGUAUUCCAACUUCUAGGCCGAAGGUCUCACCUGGAGAACUUCGUCGUAGAUCUACCUUGGGUACUUUCACUAAUGCUUUGAAUAAGGCACAUAUCAAGGAUUUUCAGAGAAGGAAGACAGUCGUUGGUGUUGAAGAUGAAGAAAGUGACGAUGAUGAUGAAGAUGAAGAAGAAGAAGAAGAAGAUAAUGUAACAUUUAAAUCAGAUGAAUUGCGAAAGUAA